GCUCCUAAAAAAUGGCUGGCAUGUUGACGCAAGGACGGCGCGUCGUGCCACAUAUAUUUCGAAGGUUUUCUGGGUGUAGAGCUGUAACCCAUGGAAUAAAGAGAUCAAGACAAGUACAUCCUGCCCUAAGUGCGGGCCAGAAAACCGACUUUCCUUUAGCAGAGUACCAGAAAAAACAGACAUGGACCAGAAGUUUUCAUGUGUCAUCACUGUUCUAUCAAGAUAUUAAAGAGGUGAAGUGCCCAGGAUUUUCUGAGUCCAUUUCAGAGGGGGAUGUCAGGUGGGAGAAGGCUGUUGGGGACUUUGUACAGGAGGAUGAGACACUUGGAGAAGUGGAGACAGACAAGACAGGUGUGCCUAUUCACAGUCCAUACACAGGGGUCAUUGUAGAACUUCUGGUGGAGGAUGGAGCCACAGUCCAAGCUCAUCAGCCUCUCUUGAAGAUAGACGUUUCAGCCUCAGGGGACACUCCUGCCAAGAAAACAGAAGCACCUGCAGCGGAGAAGCCUAAACCUGCCUCAGAAAAGCCCAAGGAAGAGACACCACCAAAACCAGCCCAAACCAGCUCCAGUGGCCCCAUUCCAACCACCCCUCCCCCUCCCCCACCUGUACCAAAGGCACCCAUGUCCUCUUACCCUACCUCAAGUGUCAAAGUCACACCUUUUGAGGGGUCAGUGGCGCAAGGUGGUGCUAGAACAGAAACAAGGACAAAGAUGACAAGAAUACGACAGAAGACAGCUCAGAGGUUAAAAGAAUCUCAGAACACGUGUGCUGCACUAACUACCUUUCAAGAAUGUGAUAUGAGCAAUCUCAUGGAGUGGAGAAAAACAUAUAAAGACCAGUUUGAAAAGAAGCAUGGUGUGAAGUUAGGAAUGAUGUCUCCUUUCAUUAAGGCUGCUGCUUUUGCUCUGAAGAAUCAACCUGUAGUGAAUGCUGUGAUUGAGGGAAAUGAAAUUAUUUACAGAGACUAUAUAGACAUUUCAGUAGCUGUAGCAUCUCCAAAGGGUCUUGUUGUACCUGUCAUUAGGAAUGUGGAAACAUUGAGUUAUGCUGACAUUGAGAAAACCAUCCUGGAUUAUGGUGAAAAGGCAAAGAAGAACAUGUUAGCAAUAGAGGAUAUGGAGGGAGGAACAUUUUCCAUCAGUAAUGGUGGGGUAUUCGGAUCUCUCUUUGGAACACCUAUAAUUAAUCUGCCUCAAAGUGCUAUUCUAGGAAUACAUACCAUUAAGAAAAGACCAGUCGUUGUUGAUGAUCAGAUUGUGAUUCGACCCAUAAUGAUUCUGGCUCUGACUUAUGAUCAUAGACUUAUUGAUGGCCGCGAGGCUGUGACAUUCUUAGUGGACAUCAAACGAGCAAUAGAGGAUCCCAGAGUCAUGCUUCUCGAUGUUUAAUUAUGUGGCAUAUAUAGUGCAUAGAAACAGUUUAAAAUUGUUAAUGUAUAAUUGUAUGUCUUCAGCCUUGCACACGGGACUGUAUUUUAAUUUGUCAAAUCCUCUGAGAAUGUUUUUCAAGUGCUUUGGAGUGCUACUGGUAUCUUUUGAGAUCUUUACUGCGUUUAAGUUGAGAUUACUACAGAAUCUGGGUAUAUUUUGAUGAAAUGGUAAUAUACCAUCAUAUAUGAGAUCUACUUACAUUACAUUCUGGGGUAAAUGUUCUCCAUACAGAUAUAUUGUAUAGUUACAAUGUUAAGGUUUGAAGUAAAGAAUGUAGUAACAAGGUAGAUGUAUUAAAACAGGUUACUGGAAGAAAUUCCUGUCAUGGGGGGGGGGGGGGGAAUUUAAGAGGCAUAAUUAUGGACAUUUAUUUAUAAUGAUUAGCUUAAAAUCAAAUAUGUUGAAAAAUAAAAUAUUUUUCCUAAUUGUU